AUGCAGCGUUUUGUAUUCCCUGCAUUCCCCUUCCCUAGCAUGUUCGGAGGGGGAGGAGGCGGACUAUUUGGACAACAGCAGAGCUCACAAGCCGGUGGUCUCUUCGGCGGUGGCGGUCAGCCAGCUGGAGGUGGCCUCUUUGGUGGUCAACAGCAGCAACAACAGGGUGGAGGUCUCUUUGGUAGCAGUCCUCAGCAGACAGCACAGGGGGGCGGCCUAUUUGGUGGAGGCGGCGGCUUUGGCCAACAACAGCAACGACCAGCUGGUGGUCUUUUCGGAAGUGGUGCUUUCGGCCAACAGUCCUCUGGGGGUGGUCUCUUCGGAGGAGGAGGAGGGGCCUUUGGGCAGCAGCAGCAGCAGCAGAACACUGGUGGAGGUCUCUUCGGACAACAACAACUAGCAGCAGCAGGUGGCGGCAUGUUCGGCCAGCAACAGAGCAGCGCUGGUGGUGGCCUCUUCGGUGGUGGUGGUACCGCCUUCGGAGGAGGAGGGGGCCAAGCAGCGGGCACCUCUCAAGUCAAGUACCAACAGGUCAUCGACCACGACUCACGUCUGAAGCUCGUGUCGAUAACCGCAAUGGACGCCUACAAGGGCAAGUCGUUCGAAGAGUUACGGUAUGAGGACUAUGCCCAGGGUCGAGGGCCAGCCGGGGCCGCUGGGGCUGCUACUGGCAUGCAGCAGCAGCCUACAAGUGGUGGCUUGUUCGGUGGUCAACAGCAGCAGCAGCAAUCUAGUGGCGGCCUCUUUGGAGGAGGGGGAGGAGGAGCCUUUGGGCAACCCCAACAGCAGAGUGGUAGUAACUCUCGGGUCCGUGGUGGCCUCUUCGGUGGUGGUAUGCAGCAACAAAGCCAAGGAGGUCUCUUUGGACAAACACAGCAGAACACCGGAGGUGGUCUCUUUGGUGGUGGUGGUGGUGGUGGUGGUGGCCUCUUCGGUGGAGGUCAGCAAAGUUCGAGCCAAGGCGGUCUCUUCGGCGGCGGCGGUGGUGGUGGUCUCUUUGGUCAACAACAGUCCUCAUCUCAAGGAGGUCUCUUUGGUGGUGGUGGCAGCGGCCUCUUCGGUGGUCAGCAGCAACAGAGUAGUCAAGGAGGCCUCUUCGGAGGGGGUGGAGGCGGAGGCUUGUUUGGCCAACAGCAGUCCUCACAAGGUGGUGGUCUCUUUGGUCAGCAGCAGUCGAGCCAGGGAGGUGGCCUCUUCGGUGGUGGUGGUGGUCUCUUUGGACAACAGUCCUCGGGUGGUGGUCUAUUCGGAAGUACCCAGUCUAGUGGCGGUGGAGGCCUAUUUGGGUCUUCACCUAAUCCAGGAGGAGGUCUCUUCGGAGGUGGCGGCCAACAGUCCUCUGGUGGUGGCCUCUUCGGUGGUGGGCAGCAGUCAGCCGGCGGAGGUCUCUUCGGCGGAGGCCAACAGCAGUCAGCUGGUGGUGGUGGUCUUUUUGGCAGCGCUCAGAGUAGCAGUGGUGGUGGCCUAUUCGGAGGCGGUGGUGGUGGCCUAUUCGGCGGCGGACAGUCCUCGGGGGGUGGACUCUUCGGUGGAGGUCAACAGUCGUCUUCAGGCGGUGGCCUCUUCGGCGGCGGAGGAGGAGGCCUUUUUGGUGGGCAACAGAGUAGCAGUGGUGGAGGCCUCUUUGGUGGAGGUGGCGGUGGCGGCCUCUUCGGCAACAAACCAGCCUCUGGGGGCGGCCUUUUCGGCAAUACGGCGUCCUCAGGAGGAGGCUUGUUUGGUCAGUCCUCUAGCGGUGGUGGUCUUUUCGGUGGUGGUGGUGGUGGUGGAGGCGGUCUCUUUGGUAGUUCAACUUCAUCGUCUGGCGGUGGCCUCUUCGGUGGUGCCGCUGGAGGUGGUCUCUUUGGUGGCAGUACGAGCACUGGUGGAGGCCUAUUUGGCUCCUCUCAACCCCAAGGGGGUGGUGGCCUCUUCGGUGGCGGUCAGCAACAACAACAGGCUAGCGUACAGCCGCUGUCCACACCAGCGUCCCUGCCCGCCCCUCCCCGGCCCAGCGGAUUGCUCCUACCAAAGGAAGUCGAUAAGAGCCUAGCAGCGUAUCUUUGGAAGGAGGAGCCCAGGAGCCAUGCCCCGCCCCCUCCUAUGACUAACGGCGGCAGUCCCCAGACCCCACCAACGUCCUCAAGGUCGCCCGGUCUGUCCCCUCGCAGUGACAGACUCUCGCUUCCUGGCGCAGCGUUCGGUGGUGUCCCGCCAUCACCUGUGAAUCCAUCGUCGAUGAGACACCUCUAUCUCCGGGGAAGUGGCAAUCCCUCAUCCCCCAGUGCGGACCAUGUGCUCACUCCACGUAGUGCCAUGACUCCCAGAGCGGCUACUGGUCGCGCCAGCACGAUCAGUGGUGGUGGCAGCACCAACCUCCUGCUCGACGACGGUACCCUUCCCCUACGGAACCCCGACGCUCUUGGUUCUAGCUUCGUGGCCUUGGCUGAGCACCACCACCGUCCCUCUACACUGCUCGGCAGUCCGAGCCUAGAAUACGGCUCUAUGACGUCCCCUAGGAGAUCCCCACCAUCCGAGCUCGUCUCAUCCUCGGUUGAUCACGAGCUGGACGUCGUCAUCACGCGCCCCGGCGUCAUAUACUCGUCUUGUGAACGACGCUCCUUGUCGGCUGAUCGUCGGCGGUCCUCGAGUGCGGCUUCGGCGAGGCUACGAGAACCAGCGCCCCGGAAUAUGGUGCCCAAGCUUGAUGACCCCAAUAUGUGGAUCCGGCCGUCCCUCGACGCCCUCUCGAUGAUGAGCGAAGCUGAACUUGCCCGUGUCGACAACUUGACUAUUGGCCACUACUCCUACGGCAAGAUAACGUGGCCUGGCCUCACUGAUGUUCGCUACUUGUCGGUAGACGACACUGUAAAGUUUACAUUAUCAGGCGUUGCUGUCUUUCUAGACGAUUCGGCUCGCCCCCCGAUUGGUAAGGGCCUCAAUAAGCCGGCUAUAGUAGAGUUGUACGUGAAGCCGAAGAAUGCCAAGAGAGCGCGGCAACAGCCUGAGAAGUACAUUAAUCGUAUGCGCCAAUUGACUGAGGAGCUUAACGCCGCUACAUUCCUGUCGUAUGAUUUGGAGACUUGGCGGUUUAAGGUUGACAAUUUCGGUAGAGGGCCGGAUGACGGCCCAGUCCGGUAAC